UAUCGGCUUUGAAUUCAGAAGCGGUGCGUUCAUCGUGGGCAAUUCGUCGUCGGUUAUGCAGUUUUGUGGAAACAGCUCAAUACACCACCGACGCGGAAGAAAACAGACAAUACGGCUGUGAAAGAAAAGAGAAAUGUUGUAGUUAUUAGUAGCGAAUGACCCGAGAUUGUAUUUUGCGUUAAGAGACUGCCUUUGGAGCGAAGUAGUGAAGCAUCAUGGCAGCUACUUUUCCCUACAGAGGUGUCCCACCAGGGAUGCCACCAGUCGUCCCUCCAGGUGUUCCGCCAGGUGUUCCUCCUCCUGUGCCUGUCCCAGAUUACAUGUCUGAGGAAAAACUACAAGAGAAGGCCAGAAAAUGGCAGCAGUUGCAGGCAAAACGCUAUUCAGAAAAGAGAAAGUUUGGCUUUGUGGACGCUCAGAAAGAAGACAUGCCACCUGAGCACGUCCGGAAGAUCAUUCGAGACCAUGGAGACAUGACCAACAGAAAGUUUCGCCAUGACAAGAGGGUCUAUCUUGGUGCCCUCAAAUACAUGCCCCACGCAGUUCUCAAGCUGCUGGAAAACAUGCCGAUGCCCUGGGAACAGAUUCGAGAUGUACCUGUCCUGUACCACAUCACUGGAGCCAUUUCCUUUGUAAAUGAAAUCCCAUGGGUCAUAGAGCCAGUCUACAUUGCCCAGUGGGGCACCAUGUGGAUCAUGAUGCGUCGUGAGAAGCGUGAUCGACGACACUUCAAAAGGAUGCGCUUUCCACCAUUUGAUGAUGAAGAGCCGCCACUCGACUAUGCUGACAAUAUCCUUGAUGUGGAACCCCUGGAGGCCAUCCAAAUGGAGCUUGAUUCUGAGGAAGAUGGUUCAGUUGUGGAGUGGUUCUAUGAACACCAGCCCCUCAAAGACACCACCAAGUUUGUGAACGGCACCACUUAUCGGCGCUGGCAGUUCACACUGCCCAUGAUGUCAACUCUGUACCGUCUGGCCAAUCAGCUUCUGACAGAUCUGGUGGAUUACAAUUACUUUUAUCUGUUUGACCUGAAGGCCUUCUUCACUUCCAAGGCCUUAAAUAUGGCUAUCCCAGGAGGACCAAAGUUUGAGCCCCUAGUCAGAGACAUCAAUCUCCAGGAUGAAGACUGGAAUGAGUUCAACGACAUCAACAAAAUCAUCAUCCGACAGCCCAUCAGGACAGAGUACAAAAUCGCCUUUCCAUACUUGUACAACAACUUGCCGCACCAUGUGCACCUGACCUGGUACCAUACACCAAAUGUGGUGUUUAUUAAGACAGAGGAUCCAGAUCUGCCAGCAUUCUACUUUGACCCACUCAUCAACCCCAUUUCUCACAGACAUUCUGUCAAGAGUCAGGAGCCUCUCCCUGAUGAUGAUGAGGAGUUUGAGCUUCCUGAAUAUGUGGAACCAUUUCUCAAAGAGACCCCGCUGUACACUGACAACACAGCUAAUGGCAUUGCUCUGCUUUGGGCUCCGAGACCCUUCAAUCUCCGCUCUGGCCGCACAAGGCGAGCCAUUGACAUUCCCCUGAUAAAGAACUGGUACAGGGAGCAUUGUCCUGCAGGACAGCCAGUGAAAGUGCGAGUGUCAUACCAGAAACUCCUGAAGUACUAUGUGCUCAAUGCUCUCAAACACAGACCACCCAAAGCCCAGAAGAAGAGGUACCUCUUCCGUUCCUUCAAAGCCACAAAGUUCUUUCAGUCCACCAAGCUGGACUGGGUGGAGGUGGGCCUUCAGGUGUGCAGACAAGGUUACAACAUGCUGAAUUUGCUCAUCCACCGUAAGAACCUCAACUACCUGCAUCUGGACUACAAUUUCAACCUGAAGCCUGUUAAGACUCUGACCACAAAGGAGCGAAAGAAGUCCAGAUUUGGAAAUGCCUUCCAUCUGUGCAGAGAGGUGCUGCGUCUCAGCAAGCUGGUGGUGGACAGCCAUGUGCAGUACAGAUUAGGAAAUGUUGAUGCUUUCCAGUUGGCUGAUGGAUUGCAGUACAUCUUUGCCCAUGUUGGACAACUGACAGGCAUGUACCGCUACAAGUACAAGUUGAUGAGACAGAUCCGGAUGUGCAAAGACCUGAAGCAUCUCAUCUACUACCGGUUCAACACUGGCCCUGUGGGCAAGGGUCCAGGUUGUGGAUUCUGGGCCCCUGGGUGGCGAGUGUGGCUUUUCUUCAUGAGGGGCAUCACUCCACUUUUGGAAAGGUGGCUGGGGAAUCUGCUGGCCAGGCAGUUUGAAGGCAGACACUCCAAGGGGGUGGCCAAGACUGUGACCAAGCAGCGUGUGGAGUCCCACUUUGACCUGGAGUUGCGUGCUGCAGUGAUGCAUGACAUCCUGGAUAUGAUGCCUGAGGGUAUUAAACAGAACAAAGCCAGAACCAUCCUGCAGCACCUGAGUGAGUCCUGGAGGUGCUGGAAAGCAAACAUCCCAUGGAAGGUGCCAGGCCUCCCCACUCCCAUAGAGAACAUGAUCCUGCGUUAUGUGAAGGCCAAAGCUGACUGGUGGACAAACACGGCUCAUUACAACCGUGAGCGAAUCCGUCGCGGAGCCACUGUGGACAAGACUGUGUGCAAGAAGAACCUAGGCAGGUUGACCCGUCUGUACCUGAAAGCUGAGCAGGAAAGACAGCACAACUACCUGAAGGAUGGGCCUUACAUCACAGCAGAAGAGGCAGUGGCUAUUUACACCACCACUGUUCACUGGCUGGAGAGUCGGCGAUUCUCUCCCAUUCCUUUCCCCCCACUGUCCUACAAACAUGACACCAAGCUGUUGAUCCUGGCCUUGGAGAGACUCAAAGAGGCAUACAGUGUGAAGUCUCGUCUGAACCAAAGUCAGAGAGAGGAACUGGGCCUAAUAGAGCAGGCCUAUGACAACCCUCAUGAGGCCCUUUCCAGGAUCAAACGUCACCUUCUUACACAGAGAGCAUUCAAAGAGGUUGGUAUUGAGUUCAUGGACUUGUACAGCCACUUGGUGCCAGUGUACGAUGUGGAACCCCUGGAGAAAAUCACUGAUGCCUAUCUGGACCAGUACCUGUGGUAUGAGGCAGAUAAGAGACGUCUCUUCCCACCCUGGAUCAAGCCUGCUGAUACCGAACCACCACCACUGCUGGUGUACAAGUGGUGCCAAGGCAUCAAUAACCUGCAAGAUGUAUGGGAAACGGCAGAGGGAGAGUGCAAUGUGAUGCUGGAGUCCCGCUAUGAGAAGAUGUAUGAGAAGAUUGAUCUAACAUUACUCAACAGGCUCUUGCGUCUUAUUGUGGACCACAACAUUGCUGAUUACAUGACAGCCAAGAACAAUGUGGUCAUAAACUACAAGGACAUGAACCACACCAACUCUUACGGCAUCAUCAGAGGACUCCAGUUUGCCUCAUUCAUUGUGCAGUAUUAUGGCCUGGUGAUGGACCUACUGGUGCUCGGCUUGCACCGUGCCAGUGAGAUGGCUGGCCCACCUCAGAUGCCCAAUGACUUUCUCAGUUUUCAAGACAUUGCCACAGAGAGCGCCCACCCCAUCAGACUGUACUGCCGCUACAUUGACCGCAUACACAUCUUCUUCAGGUUUUCUGCUGACGAGGCCAGGGAUCUGAUUCAGCGAUAUCUAACGGAGCACCCAGACCCCAACAAUGAGAACAUAGUGGGCUACAACAACAAGAAGUGCUGGCCUCGUGAUGCCCGCAUGAGACUUAUGAAGCACGAUGUCAACCUUGGACGUGCAGUGUUCUGGGACAUCAAGAACCGGCUGCCUAGAUCUGUGACCACAGUCCAGUGGGAGAACAGCUUUGUGUCAGUCUACAGCAAAGACAACCCCAACCUGCUCUUCAACAUGUGUGGCUUUGAGUGUCGCAUCCUACCAAAGUGCCGUACCAGCUAUGAAGAGUUUACUCACAAGGAUGGUGUCUGGAACCUGCAGAAUGAGGUAACUAAAGAGAGGACUGCCCAGUGUUUCCUGCGUGUGGAUGAUGAAUCAAUGCAGCGCUUCCACAACAGAGUGCGUCAAAUUCUGAUGGCCUCUGGAUCCACCACUUUCACAAAGAUUGUGAACAAAUGGAACACAGCUCUGAUCGGUUUGAUGACAUACUUCCGUGAGGCUGUGGUAAAUACUCAGGAGCUCCUGGACCUGCUGGUUAAAUGUGAGAACAAGAUUCAGACCCGUAUCAAGAUCGGACUGAACUCCAAAAUGCCUAGCCGCUUUCCUCCUGUAGUUUUCUACACUCCCAAAGAGUUGGGCGGGCUUGGCAUGUUGUCCAUGGGUCACGUGCUUAUCCCACAGUCAGACCUGCGGUGGUCCAAGCAGACAGAUGUGGGCAUCACCCACUUCAGGUCUGGAAUGAGCCACGAAGAAGACCAGCUCAUUCCAAACUUGUAUCGUUAUAUUCAGCCUUGGGAGAGCGAGUUCAUUGACUCUCAGAGGGUCUGGGCCGAGUACGCCCUUAAGAGACAGGAAGCCAUUGCCCAGAACAGACGUUUGACUCUGGAGGACUUGGAGGACUCGUGGGACAGAGGAAUCCCACGUAUCAACACGCUUUUCCAGAAGGACAGACACACGCUGGCCUAUGACAAAGGCUGGAGAGUCAGGACAGAUUUCAAACAGUAUCAGGUGUUGAAGCAAAAUCCUUUCUGGUGGACUCACCAGAGGCAUGACGGUAAACUGUGGAAUCUGAACAACUACCGCACAGACAUGAUCCAAGCUCUGGGUGGUGUGGAGGGUAUCCUGGAGCACACACUCUUCAAGGGCACUUAUUUCCCCACUUGGGAGGGUCUCUUUUGGGAAAAGGCCAGUGGCUUUGAGGAAUCCAUGAAAUGGAAGAAGCUAACUAAUGCUCAGAGGUCUGGUCUGAACCAAAUCCCCAACCGUCGCUUCACACUUUGGUGGUCACCAACCAUCAACAGAGCCAACGUGUACGUGGGUUUCCAAGUACAGCUUGAUUUGACAGGAAUCUUCAUGCACGGCAAGAUCCCCACACUGAAGAUCUCCCUCAUUCAGAUCUUCAGGGCUCACUUGUGGCAGAAGAUUCACGAGAGCAUUGUCAUGGAUCUUUGUCAGGUGUUUGACCAGGAGCUAGAUGCUUUGGAGAUUGAGACGGUGCAGAAGGAGACCAUCCACCCCAGGAAAUCCUACAAGAUGAACUCAUCCUGUGCAGACAUUCUCCUCUUUGCAUCAUACAAGUGGAACGUCUCCAGGCCAUCUCUGCUUGCUGAUUCAAAGGAUGUUAUGGACAGCACCACCACACAGAAAUACUGGAUUGACAUUCAGCUCCGCUGGGGUGACUACGACUCCCAUGACAUUGAACGUUAUGCCAGGGCUAAGUUCUUGGACUACACCACAGACAACAUGAGUAUCUACCCCUCCCCCACUGGAGUGCUCAUUGCUAUUGACCUGGCUUACAACCUCCACAGUGCUUAUGGGAACUGGUUCCCUGGAAGCAAGCCUCUGAUCCAGCAGGCCAUGGCCAAGAUCAUGAAGGCCAACCCUGCUCUGUAUGUGCUCAGGGAGCGCAUCCGCAAAGGACUGCAACUGUACUCCUCUGAGCCCACUGAGCCCUACCUGUCCUCACAGAACUACGGUGAACUCUUUUCCAACCAGAUCAUCUGGUUUGUGGAUGAUACUAAUGUGUACAGAGUCACUAUCCACAAGACCUUUGAGGGCAACUUGACAACAAAGCCUAUCAAUGGAGCCAUUUUCAUUUUCAACCCCAGGACUGGUCAGCUCUUCCUCAAGAUCAUUCACACAUCAGUGUGGGCUGGACAGAAACGUCUGGGACAGCUGGCCAAGUGGAAAACAGCCGAAGAAGUUGCUGCCCUGAUUCGCUCCCUCCCUGUGGAAGAACAGCCAAAACAGAUCAUUGUAACCAGAAAAGGCAUGCUGGACCCUCUGGAGGUCCACUUGCUCGACUUCCCCAACAUUGUGAUUAAGGGCUCAGAGUUGCAGCUGCCCUUCCAGGCUUGUCUUAAGGUGGAGAAGUUUGGAGAUCUGAUCCUGAAGGCUACAGAACCACAGAUGGUGCUGUUCAAUCUUUAUGAUGAUUGGCUGAAGACGAUCUCAUCUUACACAGCUUUCUCCCGACUCAUCCUGAUCCUCAGAGCGCUCCAUGUCAACAAUGAUCGUGCCAAGGUGAUCCUGAAACCAGACAAAACGACCAUCACUGAGCCCCAUCACAUCUGGCCCACGCUCACUGAUGAGGAGUGGAUUAAGGUGGAAGUGCAACUCAAGGAUCUCAUUCUGGCUGAUUAUGGCAAAAAGAACAACGUGAACGUUGCUUCACUGACCCAGUCUGAGAUCCGUGACAUCAUCCUGGGUAUGGAGAUCUCAGCACCAUCACAACAACGUCAGCAAAUUGCUGAGAUUGAGAAGCAGACCAAAGAACAGUCGCAGCUCACUGCCACACAGACCCGCACAGUCAACAAGCACGGGGACGAGAUCAUCACCUCCACCACAUCCAACUAUGAGACCCAGACCUUCUCAUCUAAGACAGAGUGGAGAGUCAGGGCCAUAUCUGCAGCCAACCUCCAUCUCCGAACAAACCACAUCUACGUGUCAUCUGAUGACAUCAAGGAAACUGGCUACACCUACAUCCUGCCUAAAAAUGUCCUCAAGAAAUUCAUCUGCAUCUCAGAUCUGAGAGCACAGAUUGCAGGUUACCUCUAUGGCACCGGUCCACCAGACAACCCCCAGGUGAAGGAGAUUCGUUGUAUCGUCAUGGUGCCUCAGUGGGGAACACAUCAGACAGUCCACCUUCCUAACCAGCUGCCCGGUCAUGAAUAUCUUAAAGAAAUGGAGCCACUUGGCUGGAUCCACACUCAGCCUAACGAGUCACCUCAGCUGUCCCCACAAGAUGUCACGACCCAUGCCAAGAUCAUGGCUGACAACCCUUCUUGGGAUGGAGAAAAGACCAUCAUCAUCACUUGCAGCUUCACCCCAGGCUCAUGCACACUCACAGCCUACAAGCUGACACCCAGUGGGUAUGAAUGGGGUCGCCAGAAUACCGACAAGGGGAACAACCCCAAAGGCUACCUACCAUCUCACUAUGAAAGAGUGCAGAUGCUGCUUUCUGAUCGCUUCCUGGGCUUCUUCAUGGUUCCUGGCCAAGUUUCCUGGAAUUACAACUUCAUGGGUGUGCGCCAUGAUCCCAACAUGAAAUAUGACCUACAGCUGGCCAACCCCAAAGAGUUUUACCAUGAAGUUCAUCGGCCCUCGCAUUUCCUUAACUUUGCCUCGUUGCAAGAAGGAGAGAUUUACAACGCUGACCGCGAGGACAUGUUCGCUUGAUAUGUUUUGUAGAUAGCUCUGCCAGAAUUAUGUGGAGCCAGUUCAGAACAGCUCUUGUAUUAUUUCUUUGAGCACAUGUAAUUGUGAUGUUUGGGAAUUUUUAUGUGAAGGCUUAAGGACCUUUUUAGAUUUUGUUAGUUUUCUACAGUUUUGUUUCCCCUUCUGUCCUUGAUUACAGAGAAGUUUAGGAGCCUUGGGGUAUUUUGUGACUUGUAUCUCAGCAUAUAUGCAUUUCUGCGUAGUUUUCAGUACUAGAUACUUUGGUGUAAAAUUUGACAUUAUUUCAGAAAGUUAAAAGCUUACUUUCCUCUUUGAGAAAUGAAAUUGAAAGUUGCAUUUUCACACUUGUAACACGCUGGAACUGUGCUCUAAUGUACAUCUGUGACAUUGUAGCCUGGGUUUAAAAUAAAGAUCACUGUUUUUAUAAA